AUGGUGGCCAGCACGCUGGUGGACAUGUACGCCAGGUGCAGUACCCUGGUCGAUGCCAGGAGGGUCUUCGACUGCAUGCCUUGUAGAACACUGAUGUCGUUAAACGUCCUGUUGCUCGGCUACGCAGAGAAUAACGAGGUCGUGCUCGGCCUCGACUUGUUCUCUCAGCUGAUGGCUGGCAGUGACGCACCGGAUGCUCGAUCUUUUGUCACACCUCUCAAGGCCUGCGCUCUCGUCGUGGUAAAAGAGGAUGGGCAUAAAGUCGAUGGCAAGCUUGUUAAAGUGAAGGCGAUGGAAGCAGGAAUGGCAACUCCCAGGGCCUUCGACAAAAUCCCAGCUCAAGCCCUUCUCUGGACGUCGCUUAUCCUCGGCUACUCAGAGGAUGACGAGCCCCAGCUGACACUGGAGCUCUUCUCGCAAAUGCGGCACUUCCAGAUCCUCCCAAACGCCCAGACUUUCAUGGGCGUGCACAAAGUUGGCGGUGUUAGAACAAAUGGCUCCAUGGACGGUGAGUGUUUGACACCAUGGUUUCUCGCCAUGGUUUCCUGGACAGCCCUGAUGCUUGGCUACACCGAGAACUCCCAGCCGCAGCUCGUCUCUCAAGCUGCUACCCAACGAACGGUUCCCAAAUGCUCGAGCGUACGUGCCAGUUGGGAGUUUCAAAUGCCAGAUGGCAGCAUCAUCACUUGGAAUACUGGUCACCGGCUAUGGCAGGCAAAGGGAUGUGAAACGCGUCUUGGAUCUCUACCACUAGCGAUGGUCCAAAUCCCCAUGAUUUGUGUUCUUGGCGCUUGCAGCCACGGCAGCGGCAAAAUAUUUCCAGGCGAUGCUGGAUUCGUCAGUGAUCCCGUCCAUCGAGCACUACCACUGCAUGAUCGAUCUCCUUGGGCGCUGCAUUGGAGAUGA